CACUCUGCUGCUGCUUGGUCGCCCUUGGCCAUGGACAUGGACAGAGUUUGCAAGAGACGGCUGGGCAUGCCUCCUGCUCUUCUUCUCGCCCGUCACGGCAUGGAUGACCAGAUGCCUGCGUCGUCAGCGGCGGUGCCUCCGCCGCAAACCCCCAUGGAGCCCAUGGAGUACCUGUCCAGGUCCUGGAGCGUGUCCGCCGACGAGAUAUCCAAGGCUCUGCUGCUCAAAGGGAGCAGCAAACGGAGCUUUUUCGCCCCCGUUGACAGUCUUCUUCCACCACACACGACUGCCUUGCCGGAGACAGAGACCACCUCCUACGAGCUCCUCGCCGCACCCGCCGCCUCCGGUCAACAGCUCCAGCACCAACAUCUAGAUGCAACAAGGAGCUCCAUCAGCUGUCGCCGCCAUUCCAACUCGGUAACCAGGUGGUAUUUCCAACACAAGGAGGCUGCAGGCCACAGGGGAAGAGACAAGGCACGCGCCGACCGAGCCCAGGCGCACGCGAUGGUCUCCAUGGCCCAGGUGUCCGCCGCGGUAGCAGCCGUCACUGCAGCCACCAGCUGUGACAGCCAGGACUCCAAGAUAGCUGCAGCCAUGGAGUCUGCCACCAAGCUUCUGGCUUCACACUGCGCCGAGGCAGCCCAACUUGCAGGGGCUGGUCAUGAGCAGGUGUCCUCUACUGUCCGGUCUGCAGUUGGUGUCACCGGUCCGGGUGAUCUGAUGACGCUCACAGUGGCCGCAGCGACAGCUUUGAGAGGAGCUGCGGCGCUGAAGAAGAGGAUCCAGCGCGAGGCGAGAAGCAAUUCCAGCGUCAUUCCUUAUGACAAGGCCCCUUCCUGGAGUCCUGAUAUCUGGUGCAAGGAAGGCAAGCUGCUAAAACGCACAAGAAAAGGGGAUUUACACAAGAGACGGGUAUCAGUCUACAUUAACAAGAGAUCACAGGUCAUAUUGAAGCUGAAGAGCAAACACAUUGGAGGUGCGCUAUCAAAAAACAAUAAAAGUGUGGUUUAUGGGGUAUACAGUGAGCUCCCAGAGUGGACCGAGCCAGGGAAAGGCUUACCAGAGACAUGCUGCUUUGGCUUGAGUACAGCACAGGGCCUGAUUGAGUUCAAGUGUGAGAGCAGCACCAGUAAACAGAGCUGGGUUCAUGGUGUGCAAAAUCUGCUCCAGCAGGUUGAUGUAGCUGACCAAGUAGGGCACAGGCUAGAAACACUAAAACUCAACUGGUGCAGUUAG